AUGGUGCAGCGCGGCCCGCGGGGCCGGGGCGCGGAGGCUCGGCGGGAGCCCUGCGCCCCGCUGCCCGCCCGCGACACCGAGCCCGCCUGGUGCAAGACGCCGAGCGGGCACAUCAAACGGCCCAUGAACGCCUUCAUGGUGUGGUCCCAGCACGAGCGCCGCAAGAUCAUGGACCAGUGGCCCGACAUGCACAACGCCGAGAUCUCCAAGCGCCUGGGCCGGCGCUGGCAGCUCCUCCACGACUCCGAGAAGAUCCCCUUUGUCAGGGAGGCCGAGCGCCUGCGCCUCAAGCACAUGGCCGACUACCCCGACUACAAGUACCGGCCUCGGAAAAAAGGCAAGGUGGGCACCGGCGCAGCCCGCCCGCGGCUCCCGGUGAAGAUCAAGCCCUCCGUGCUGGGCCGUGUCUCCGCCAGCCGCAGGCAGCCCGCCAAGCUGCCCACCGGCCCCGACACCCCGCAGGAGCCCGCGCCAGAGGUGCCCACUGAGGACUGCCCCGCGGAGCCCGGCCCGGCUGCCUGGCACCCGGCACCCGACGGGGAGCACAGCCCCCAGGAGCCCCCGGCCCCCCUGAGCCCUGCCGCGCCCUGCCCGGAGCCAGGGACCUCCCCGGAGAGCGGGUCCCCCUCUCCCAUGUCAGCUGGGUCCCCUCCCUCCUCCUUCAGCUCCUCGGAUGAGGAGCUGGAGGAAGAGCUGCUGGGGGUCAUGCCCGGGCGGGCGCCCGCCAGUGCCACCUGUGGUGCUCUGGACUGGUCUGUCUUCGACAAGGACCACGACCUCUUCCCGCGGGGAGGCUCCUCGCACUUCGAGUUCCCGGACUAUUGCACGCCCGAGGUGACGGAGAUGAUAGCGGGGGACUGGCUCAUGUCCAGCAUCUCGGACUUGGUCUUUACCUACUGAGUCCCGCACUCUGCAGGUAAUGCUUGUUUUUAUUUUCACCCACAAUCAGGUCAGAUAAAAAAAAAACCAACAAAACAACCCAGGAAAAAAAAAAAGAACAAAAAAACAAACAAACCGAAACCAGCUGUUUACAUGCAGGAAUCAGGUAUUUUGCCUUGAAGCUGCUGGAAGGCAGAGACCUUGCUCCCCCCACCCCCCGGCACACACCCACUCCUCAUCUGUCUGUCUGUCCGGCCCUCGCCUUGCGCCAGUGGGAUGUGUGGCCGCCCACCAUGGUUAUUUGCCUGUGAAAUGCAUCUCAUGGGGCUUUCAUUGUCACACCCGGUCACUUCCCCCCAUGACCCCAGUGCUGCCGGCCAUGGCUGCUCCCGGCCGCUCCCAUCUCCGCCAGCCCUGUGUGUCCUCCCACUCUCCAGGCAGCCGGAGCAUCCACGCCACCCUGGCUCUUGGUGCCCAUCCAACUUUCCCCAUCCCUCGGGGAAUGGCCGAUUCCAUUUGCUUUUUGACUGCGUUUAACGCAUGGCUUCAAUUUUUCUCCUCUUCCUCAUUGCAGCCCUUGGGGAGGGAUGCCGAGCCAUGCAAAGCCCUCCCUUCCCGAUGCUCUGUUUCAUGGGGGAUCCCUGGCUUUUGGGGGUUCGGCGUCCCACGGCACCGUCUCCUUCCCCGUGGCGCGCGCUCCCCGCCGCUUGCUUUGGGAAGAGUGAAGUUGCACGCACGUGACGCGCACGUGGGCGCGGGAGGCUGUGUUGUUCCUCUCGCCAGGCAGUUGUGCAGGGGAGCCCGUGCCCGGGGCCAACCCAAAACCUGGUGGGGAUGACCCCUUCCCAAAGGAGCCAGCCCUUAUUUUUAGCCUUGGAGCCGGUGCCCGUGUAGGACCUGCUCUGGGCUGGCUCACCUUGGCUGGCGGAGAAGGGUCCCACCAUGCCCGGCUGUGGUGGGUGGUGCUGCUGGGAUGGCAAGGAGCAGCAGGGAAGGGCAGGGUGGCAGGAAAGGGCAGCUGUAGGGAAAUCUGCCUUAAGCAACCACCCAAACGGGGCCAAGAGCAGCAGCAGCCGAUGUCAGUGGGCGUGUGGGGUGUGGGUGAUGCUCUGGCGUGGGGCUCCUCCACAGAGCAUCAUGCUGAGCCCCGCUGCCGGCUGAGCUGAGAGCAAGGACAUGCUGGCAGGGAAGGUGCUGCUGCAGCAGCUCCUCCAGCUGGGAUUUUCUUUGCUUUUCCUAAUGGCUCCUUCCUGCGACAGCCGCCUCCUCCCACUGCCGGGAGCACGUGGCUGCAGUGCUGGCUCGGCGGCUGCCGCAGGCUGUGGUUGGGGGGGCAGGGGCUGUGCUCGGGUACAGCGGUGCUGGGUGGGGACGUGGCUGUGGUAGGGGCUGGCAGCGUCCUGAGGAGCUGUACUUGGUUCAGCAGCAACUGCUGCUUGAAGCAGCCCCUGCAAUCCCCCGCGGCCCCGAUUCCCCAGGAGCUCUGGGUGUGUGGGAGCCCCUCGGACCCCUCCUGGGCAGUGGGGUGCUGAGGGCAGCAGAACACCCGCUCUCUGGGGGCUCUGCCUCCUUGACUUGGGGCUGCUGGUUCUCCUGGUCACAGGCCACCCCGUGCCUGCCUGUUGCUGUCAGGCCGGAUUGAGCUGUGACCAUGUGAAGGACAUCCCCCUCCCAGGCCCUGGCAUCCCCUCAGGCUGCCUUGGAGUCGGGGACCCGCCUGGCCCCACUGCUGGAGGUGCUGGUGGCCCUGGCUCAGCCAUGGGGACAGGUACUGCAGCGCAGGGAGAGGCGUGUCCCUGGGCCCUUCACUUGGGAUGCUCGGUGUCCCCCAGCCCAGUCCCGGAUGGCCUGGGGGUCCCCUCGAGGCCCCCCCGAUGGUCAGCCAGCCAUCAGCAGUGUAGAUGUGUUGGUGUGUAGCGGUAGCUGUGCGUGUGUGUUGGCAGUAGCCACGGUGUUUCGGUAUCCCCGUGUGGUGCCAGCCUGCGGAGCCAGGUGGGCGUCACGCAUCAGACACGUGUUCCCUGGAUAGAGCGCAUCCCCUUCCCUGCCUCCCCCCCGGCCGUUCCCCACCGGACUCAGACUCACCCCACAAAAGUGGAAAAGCCAAAUAAGCGCUGGGACAGCCGUGAUUCCGGCAGCCUGCUCCCACCUCACUGCCGCUUGGGGGGGUUCUGCCUUCCACCCCCUGGGCAGCCCCAUGCCAGGAGCACCUGAAGCCCCCUCCCAUGUUGUGAGCCGAGUUUGGGGUUCCCAUGGGGUCCAGCAGCCCCAGGACUCUCUGACGCACACAGAUCUCACCCAGCACCUCGGUGCCUUCUUGGGGUGCACAGCCACCCCACGUCGUGACCAGGGGUUCUCAGGGAGGGCACUGAGGCUGACGGCCACCUGCCCUCCAUCCCCAACUGUGGGGAAGCCAAAGCCCCCAGGUACCAGCAAGGCCUGAGGCCACAGUGAGGGUCUCACAUCACAUGUGUGCUUUGCUGACCCUGCAGCUCAGGGCUCAGCUCCCAUUCUCAGUGGGGACACGGCUCCCGGUGGUCCCCUCCGUGCUGUGCAUCGCCCUUGAGCUGGGGUGAUCCCUCCACAGACUGUCAGGCAAAAUGUUUCCUCAGGAGCAGGUUCUGGGUCAGUGCCAGAACUGGAGCCAGCGCCGGGGCCUCCCCUUCCCGGCUGCAAGCACAACACCAUCUGCUUUGUCCCCGUCCCCCCUGUCCCCUUCCUCGAGUCUCGCCGGGUGUGUUUGUCAGGGAGAACCGUCGUGGACAGUGGUGGAUUUUCUGUGCCGUGUGGUUGUAGUGCUUAGAGACCCCCCCAGCGUGCGGCCCCCUCCCGCUGCGCCCCCGCCUCCCCGCUGCCCGGUGCUGGCUGGCAUGCGUGUGCGAGCGUGUGUGCGUGCGCGUGCGACAUCCCGUCAUCACUCCAGACAAAGCGAAUAAUAAUAAUAAUAAUAAAUAGUAAUAAUGAUAGUAAUAAUAAAAAUAAACCAAACCUCUCUCAGGAAGCAGCCGCCCCGGCGGCGGCCGAGCGGGCCGGGGGUCCCCGGAGCUGGCGGGGCCCCAGCGCAGCCUGCGGACGGGCGCCAGCGCUCGGGGUCACCUUUGUAGUGUCGUGUUAGUGAAGGGUCCCUGUGUCUGUUGUCUUGGAGAAAUAGGAUUUUAGCUGAGGGGCAGUCAUGACCCCAUCCCGGGGGUGUGACGUGGCCGACUCUUGCUCUGCGGAACAGAACCUUGGCUAACAGUUAUCCUGACUGUUGUGAUUAUGGAAUAAAGUGUGUUGGUCUGCUC